AUGAACCGCGCCUCAUCAUCACCAGAUUAUCCAACCCAGCGAUCGUUACACGCAGCGCAGCGCAUUCAUCAAGCAUGUGGCAUGUGGCCAACUGAGUUCUGCAAAGGUUUUGUACCUGAGACUUGGGGUGUUCGACUUAUCGAGAGCCUUUCUACGUUGGUGUCUCUGGUAGUGGCUGCUGAGAACGUGGAGCUCGACCAGGUGCGCCAUAGAUUGAAGGUUUUCGCCACUAGCCAUCCGCGCUCAGAUCGCCCGCGACUUCGUGAGCUAGAUAUAGCAAAGGUGCGAAAGUGGCUACGUGGGAUGGGUAUUGAUACUAAACAAACAAGGCGAUGGAAUGGACGUGCGGAUGAUGAGGAUCGGACUGCGGAGAGUGACAGAACCAAGGCAAACUCUGAACCGGUUGAUGAGAUUAUCGCUCUAGGUUCUCGAGAAGAUCUCAGCAAAUACCGAGACAAAAAUGAAGAAGAGACUGGAGAAGAUCCCGUCUUGACUGUCGAAGACGAAGAGAGCGCCCCUCAUAAACGAAAUCUUUGGUCGCGAAGCAGAGACAUCGGUGAUAUUCAGGAUGAUGAGCCUAUGGAAGACACCAUGGCGGCCAAUCCUAGGCCUGGGCCCGCUAUAACCAAUGGGCAAUCCAGGGGCAGUCCUGUCGCCUCCAGCUCCAGCUCCAACGCAGCCGAGUCAAGCGCUUGCCCUCGGCGCGGCUUUCAACCACCAUCUCACUUGGUUCAUGAUACCCCCCAGAGCUCUAUUCGCUGCCCAGAGGGACCAGAUGAACAAGCUUCGGCGUCUUCUGCCGCUACAACUCCACGGGCUUUUCAAAGCUCGACGCAGCCAUGCGAACCACCAAGCUCCCAAACGACGGCGCCUCUCACCUCUGCUUCUCAGAACACCCAGGGUGCUCAACGAUCUGGUGUGCAACCGCUCAAGCAAACAGCGUCGUCUGUUCUGGGCAAUCCUCAGACUCCCGUGUCUUUUCCUGCAACAACUCCACAGGGCACUACGCGCCCUCCGCAACAACCAGGCAGCCAGGGAUCAGCAACCGCGGCUCAGAACUCUCCAGCCAUCAAUGUCCACAGCGAGUUCUCAAAGCUCCUCGACUCCUCGCGCACAAGCAAGCUCGCAGCCAGCACUGUCUUGUUGUACCGGCACUACUUCUCAGGCCUCCCAGAGCUCUCAGCAGCAACGGAAUCACCGACCAUCGGCGCCUACCAAUACGAUUCCUCAAGCAUCUCUAUACUCCCACCUAGGAGGCAGUCAACCAUCGACACCUCGGCCCAUCGCCCCUGCUGGGGCGCUAACAAGCGCCCUGCUCCGUCAUCGCCAGUAAACACAUUUACAUUCACCAACAACUUCAUCAACCGGACAGCGGCGAGCAGUUCAGAAUCACACACAGCCCCUUCAACCAAAAGACAAAAGACUGCUGGCAUUCAACGUCCAAGUUCACAGGUGACUGGGUCAUUGGAUUGGAACGCUCUUCUUCCCACCGGAGACGGAUUCAGAGCAAGCUUGAAGGCCGCUUCGGCUGCCUUAUUUCCUCAUAUCAAGAGCUUCGAAGAACUUUUAACAUCCAUCAAUGACGAACACUGCCGACUCAUCGCAGUUGAGCGCAGCCUCAGACUUACAAAGGACGAGCAAGCAAAGGAGCAGGAAAAAGCCCAAGACGCGCUCAAGGAUGUAGAGAAAUCAAUGACCACCGAGAACAAGUUGCUCAGGGACCUGGAAGAUCUCUACAACAAAUAUGCUGGGGAUAACGAACUUUGCACGUUCCUGGAUAAACGAAGACGAACGGUUCUCGAACAUGAAGAGGUAUAUACAGUAGUCAAAAGCCAACUUGACAAGAGUACUUCUGGGCUUUUCAAAACCGAUAGCAAGAUUGCGUUGGCUACCAAGAGGAUUGGGCAGCUUGAAGCCGAGAAGGCCGAGGUCAUGAAAGAGAAGAUGGGGAUUGAUACGGCGGCGAAACGAUUGAUGAUUAUGUCUCGUUUUAUGGAACCCGGCUGGCAAGCUAGACUGGCGAUGGUUGAGGAGGCUUUGGGAGAAGAAGUUAUGCAGUUUGCAUUUUCAUAG